AUCUACUUCUACACCAUCAUGUUUGGCACCAAACGGUGCGAGACUAGCCAGAUGAAGGUCACGCAGUCAGAGAACUACUACUUCUACUCGACGACCACAGAUAUUCCAUCGCCUCCAUUAUCAACGAAUUCCCUUCUCGACAACCAGGUACGACUGCAGAUGAAGAUCGAAGAUGCUUAUGGCCGCGAGUUCGACGUCGUCGAAGUCGGUGAUUUCACUUACGUGGACCUGGCUUCGUACGCUUCGUACAAUCCCGCGCAAGACGUUCCGCGAAAGCGCAAGUACUCAGGCGAGUCGGAAGACCCUUCUGACUACAUGAGACCAGGGCCGAAGCGCAUCUCGUCACAACGCCUCUAUUCAAAGCCCAGGGAGGGCUCUGGGAGCUACGCCACCGGACACGGCUCGCCGUCACCAGUUACGCCGUAUCUCCAGCCCUCGCUCCCGAGCGGGCUGUACUCUAGUGGCUACGAGAGAGUGCAACCGCAGCAGCCUCAAUCUUACAUCCAUCCAGGAGGAAUGAAUUACCCGCAGACCAUCAAGGCGCAGUCGCCAAAUAUGCCAGCUCCGGCAUCUAUCGCGGCAACUCCAACCAGAACACCAGCAAUGCCAUCUCCUGCCAGCCUCGCGAAUCCACAACUGAUUCGGACGUCUACCAUUCAGGCUCCCAGCAAUAGAGGCACUCCGGGGCCUCCGCAUGCUCAAGCCUUCAACCCUUACUUGAUGUACCCGAACUCGAAAGCUAUCCUAAAAAUCGACGGGGACCUGGAGAAAAUGGGUGACCUUGAGAAAUGGAGCCUAGACGAGCGAGACGCCAAACGACGACUGGUUCAGUUUCGAAGAAGCCAGUCAGGGAGCACGAUAACGACAACCUUCGAUCCGGUAUCACCAGAACAGCGCUCGCCCAACAGCAUCUGCGUUAGCUGCAUUUGGUGGGAGGAGAAGAAUGAGUGCUACAUCACUAGCGUGGACACCAUCUUCCUUCUCGAAUCGCUGGUGGGCGUCAGGUUCACGGUGGAGGAGAAGAAUCGCAUUCGACGCAACUUGGAAGGGUUCCGGCCGGCGACAGUGUCCAAGACCAAGGUGGAUAGUGAGGAGUUCUUCAAAGUCAUUAUGGGCUUCCCCAACCCCAAACCGCGUAACAUUGAGAAGGACGUCAAGGUUUUCCCGUGGAAGAUCCUCGCGCAUGCGCUCAAGAAGAUUAUCAGCAAAUAUUCAGCUAGCUACUCGUCGACAGCGGGGGCGCUCGAGUCCAACGACCCCCAUCGCAACACGUCUCCACGCUCAGUCGCCAGCUCGUCGGGCUCGCUGGCGUACGCGACGGCGGGCCUGCCACUGGCGAAGCUCCAGUCUCCCAAGAGCAAAGCGUCAGCAGGCCUGGGCAUGUCAGGUGGCCUGCCGACGGAGCUACCAGUGUCGGUUCCCCAGUUGGCGCCGAGCCUCCAAGGCCUGAGCCCAUGGCCGGCAAGUGCACAUCUACCGGUAGCGCAUG